AUGGAGAACGCCAAGUGGCAGUGUGAGUGUGAACUUGUGGCGGCUGCGCUGGUAGCGGAAACUGUUGAGGCAGCAGAGGUGCGGUGCGACGGCAUCGCAGAUGGAAAGGAGGGUGGAAACAAACAUACCUUAAGAUUUUUUUCUUACGUCAUCCGGUCCUCCACUUUCCUCCGUACGUCCGUCCGCCUCUCGCCUCCCCCUUUUCCCCGAUCCUGCAAUAACUCCUCCCGUCGGCCUCCUCUUUUUUCCGGAUCCACUUUCCUCCUCCCGUCAACCUCCUCCUGCCACUUCAAACCGCAGCCGCCGCCCGCCCGGCGCGGCCCCCCCCGGUUCUCCCUCUGCUCCGUCUCCUUCGUCUCCUCCCUCUACGGGGACGCCGACGCUGACCCGUCCCCGGCCGCGCCGCUCUCACUGCUGCGCACCAGCUCGCUGCCCACCGAGACCGAGGAGGAGCGCUGGCGUCGCCGCGAGAUGCAGAGCCGCCGGCGCCUCGAGGCGCCGCGGAAGCGCGUCGAGCACAGAACUCCAUGGGCGGCGACCGGGCGCUGCCCAAGCCAGGCGUGCAGCUCAGGAGGUCCGUCGCCCGUCGGCUCGGAGGGGAGCACCUCUGUCAACACCGCGGAACAAGGUUGAAGAGGAGGCAGUAAUGCAUUAUUACACUGUGGAAUGUAAUGGACAUCAGGGCUGGAUUUGGAGGGUGAUUUUCAAUUCAAUGGUCUUUCCAUUUUUCAUUAUUUUAUCAUCACACUUAACAUGGGGACUAAAGAUAUUAGCAUCAUGACAUUUGCAGCUGAUGUCGAUAGUCUUGGAUUAGGAGCGGGAUUUAAGCUUCUGGUUUUUCAUUGCAGUCGCAAAUGCUGAAUUUGCAUUUAAAAAAAUUAACAUAGAGAAGUUAUAUAAACCUGAUAUGGCAUUCUUUUCAUUUGAUGACUAACACAUGCUGAUUUUGCUUUUUGGAACAUUUUAACCUGAACACAUGUGGAUUGCUCCUUCAGCAAUUUCUAAUUGCUUUAUUAUUUUUUAUCUUAAAAAACUUAUACAAUUUAGAUUUUUUGUCAUCUAAAUUUCAACUGUUAUAUUUCUAAGGUACACUUCUGAUUUAUGGCAUUAUUGUUCUACCCUUAUGUUGAUAUCCUUCUUUAGAUUGUUUGAUGUCAAAUAAUUUCUGUUGCUGCAGCUUUGGUAAUUAGCGUUACUUGCAUAGCAUUUUUAUUUCAGAAAGUGGUUAGGUGUUGAGUUUUCUGAAAUUUAUCAAAAUCAAUACCUGCACUUUUUUUCUGGACUUUAUGAAGAUCAUGUCAUCUUUUCAGCAUGGAAAACAUGUGGUUUGAGUUCUUUCAACAAAUGGUGCCGCAUCAAAUUAAGCACUUCACCAGAUUGGUACUUAAGGUGGAACUGUAACAUACAAGGUUUUGUUAGCCAGUGGAAGCUAAUAGAGAUACUUCUAUCUAAAAUAUGAAUAUCCUCUCAAGCUUUUAAUUAUUAAGUUUACCCCGAGUGUUUUUUUGUCUUGUACCGAGUGUUUUCGACACUUGCCGGGAGCUUCGCUGUCUGAUCUAUAACCCAUUACUAUUCAUGUGCUAAUUCACAUUUUUAUUUCUCUUUACACAAGUAUUUGUUCAAAUUCAA